UAUAAUCUAGUGGACAGGAGGACGCCUCUUCAACAAUAACAAGUAUCGUCAGCCAGCUUCGUAGCCAAUAUAGGCUAAAACAUUAAAUCUCUUUAGUCUGUUUUGGUAUAUAUUAUUCAGUGUAUUUUAAACAUACUUCUGUCGUAUCUAUUUACGUUGUUUGUUGGGUAGCUGGCUUGCUAAGUUAGCAGUAGCACUAGGCUGUUUGCUAAUGCUAACUAUCUAGCUAGUUAACAUCCCCGACCAUGAACUCACUAAACUACUACCCCCGUGUUAAAGAAGAGGAGGUCUGCUGGACGGAGAAAGAGGGUCUCGUGAAAGAGGAAAAGGAAGAGGAGGCUGUAACAGUAAAAGAAGAAGUAGAGGGUGAGGCUGUUACAGUGAAAGAAGUUACAGUGACGGAAGAGGUUACAGUGAAAGAGGAAGUUAUAGUGACAGAAGAGCAAGAAGUUACAGUGGAAGAGUUUACAGUGAAAGAAGAAGAAGAAGCUUUCAGCGUGAAAGAGGAGGAUGCUGUUUUUGGAGUGGAGGAGGAGGAGGGGGAGAUUACUGUGACGUUGAAAGAGGAGGAGGAGGAUACGGGAGAUCUGAUUAAUACUAGAGAGAGACCAGCCUCUCACUCUGACAGCAGCAAGAGUCCCUCAGAGGAACCAGAAACAGAGACGCCCAAACGAGCGAGACGACGCCACUGCUUCAACUGUGGAAAGAGUUUUACUAAGUUACAGAACCUAAAAAAGCAUGAGAGGACACACACAGGAGAAGAGCCUUUCCAAUGUGCCCAAUGUGGAAAGAAUUUUAUUCAGUUAGCGAGCCUGAAAAGACAUAAGAAAAUACACACAGGAGAGAAGCCUUACCACUGCUCCCAGUGUGGAAAGAGUUUUAGGUUGUUAGGUAGCCUUAAGGAGCAUGAGAGAAUACACACAGGAGAGAAGCCUUUCCAAUGCUCUCACUGUGAAAAGCGUUUUACCCAGUUAGGGAGCCUAAAAGAUCACGAGAGAAUACACACAGGGGAAAAACCUUUCCAAUGUUCCCAGUGUGGAAAGUGUUUUACCCAGUUAGGGAACCUAAAAGAUCACGAGAAAAUACACACAGGACAGAAGCCUUUCCACUGCUCCCAGUGUGGAAAGAGUUUUACCUACUUAGCUCAUCUGAAAAACCAUGAGAAAGCACACACAGGAGAGAAGCCUCACCUCUGCUCUCAGUGUGGAAAGAGUUUUACCCAGUUAGGGGACCUAAAUAGGCAUGAGAGAACACACACAGGAGAAAAGCCUUUCCAAUGUUCCCAGUGUGGAAAGAAUUUCACCCGGUUAGGGAACCUAAAAGAGCAUGAGAGGACACACACACGGGAAAAGCCCUACCCAUGCUCCCUGUGUGGAAAGAGUUUUACCCAAGUAGGGUAUCUAAAAAAACAUGAGACAACACACACAGGACAGAAGCCUCACCUCUGCUCCCAGUGUGGAAAAAGUUUUACCCAGUUAGGGGACCUGAAUAGGCAUGCGAGGACACACACAGGAGAGAAACCUUUCAAAUGUUCUCAGUGUGGAAAGAGUUUUACCCGGUUAGAGAAUCUAAAAGAGCAUGAGAGGACACACACACUAGAAAAGCCUUUCCAAUGUUCCCAGUGUGGAAAGAGUUUUACCCGGUCAGGGAACCUAAAAGAGCACGAGAGGACACACACCCGGGAAAAGCCCCACCAAUGCUCCCUGUGUGGAAAGAGUUUUACCCACUUUGGGUAUCUGAAAAAACAUGGGAGAACACACACACAGGAGAGAAGCCUCACCUCUGCUUCCUGACUGGAAAUAGUUUAACUAAGUUAGGGGUCCUGAAUAGGCAUGACAGGACACACAGGAGAGAAGCCCCACCUCUGCUUCCUGUCUGGAAAUAGUUUAACUAAGUUAGGGGUCCUAAAUAGGCAUGACAGGACACACAGGAGAGAAGCCUCACAUCUGCUUCCUGACUGGAAAGAGUUUAACUAAGUUAGGGGUCCUGAAUAGGCAUGACAGGACACACAGGAGAGAAGCCUCACCUCUGCUUCCUGACUGGAAAGAGUUUAACUAAGUUAGGGGUCCUGAAUAGGCAUGACAGGACACACAGGAGAGAAGCCUCACCUCUGCUUCCUGACUGGAAAGAGUUUAACUAAGUUAGGGGUCCUGAAUAGGCAUGACAGGACACACAGGAGAGAAGCCUCACCUCUGCUUCCUGACUGGAAAGAGUUUAACUAAGUUAUAGGGGUCCUGAAUAGGCAUGACAGGACACACAGGAGAGAAGCCUCACCUCUGCUUCCUGACUGGAAAGAGUUUAACUAAGUUAGGGGUCCUGAAUAGGCAUGACAGGACACAUAGGAGAGAAGCCUCACCUCUGCUUCCUGACUGGAAAGAGUUUAACUAAGUUAGGGGUCCUGAAUAGGCAUGACAGGACACACAGGAGAGAAGCCUCACCUCUGCUUCCUGACUGGAAAUAGUUUAACUAAGUUAGGGGUCCUGAAUAAGCAUGAAAGAAUACAUACACAGGAGGAGAAGACAUACCACUGCUCUCAUUGUGGAAAGACAUUUUCCCGAUCAGGGGAAAACACACCAGAUAACUUUUCUUGCCCAGAGAGAGUUUUUUUUAUAUUGCAAGUAGACAAAUAAUGCUGGCGACUAUAUAAAUAUUUACACAAAAAAGAAAUGAAACAUGACGUUGAUCAGUACCAAACUGAACUGACUCGAGAGAAAACACGAGAGAAUUGAGGAGCUGUGUUCUGUCUGAUGUUUUUGACUGAGAACUUGUGGUUUUGUUUAUGUCACAUGAAAUCAAAUGGUUUUAUAUGGAUGAUUCUCCGUAAACCAGUUUUAAAACAGUUUCUGUAGAUAAUGGAGUUACAAAACCAUGAUAUGCAUCUGUAAAAACCAACUGUCAUUCUGAGGACUAAGUUUAGUAGUUACAAAAACAACUGUCAUUCUGAGGACUAAGUUUAGUAGUUACAAAACCAACUGUCAUUCUGAGGACUAAGUUUAGUAGUUACAAAACCAACUGUCAUUCUGAGGACUAAGUUUAGUAGUUACAAAACCAACUGUCAUUCUGAGGACUAAGUUUAGUAGUUACAAAACCAACUGUCAUUCUGAGGACUAAGUUUAGUAGUUACAAAACCAACUGUCAUUCUGAGGACUAAGUUUAGGCAAAGUGUCUUAUUUUCAAUACAUUUUAUUUUCGCCUGAAUCGUCUUUUCGUCUGGAUUCAAUUCUUGGGUCAUUUUAUACUGUUUUACUUUAGAAAAAAUGAACUUAUUUAAAAUAAAACCCAAAGUAUGUUCCUGUAAUUUGUCCAUAAAUCAUUAAAAAAAUAUAUAUUCGUUGAAGUUUACAUUAUACUAUAAUAUGUAUUAUGUACAAACACAGUGUCUGUGGACAUGUUGGGGGAAAAAAGUCUGAUUUAAUUUUAAACAUGUUUAUUUUCAGUGUUAUUUAACUCAAACCUUUACAUUACAAGAACAAUGUAAAAGUAAAUAUAUAUAUUAGAAAUGGAUUAGUUUAUAACUGUUAUGGUAAUUAGAACUUUGUUGAAAUUAAAAUGGUAAAAUGCAUAAUAUCUGAUAAAAACUUUUUUUUAAAUAUAAUUAUGAAAUAGAUAAGUACACAUCCUGAUCUCAGCGAUCCAAGAGGACAUUUCAUGACAAAUGACACUUGAGGAAUGUUGUGGUAAAAUAUGACCUUAUUCUAAGAUAGAGACUUUGCUUACUGUGGUGUUUUCAUCUCGAGAUAUGAUCACGUCCUAAAUCAGAUUUUAAAAAAGAAGGAAAAUAGGUAUUUUGUUUAGAUUAUGAGUGUCGAUUAUGUAAAUACAAGUAUAAAACCUC